AGUGGGAGGAUGACUGCGUGAUACAACAUCAGCACCUCGUUUGGAUUAACAUCCACCGUUUGCGCCAAUUGCCACUCGAAAUCAGCGGUGUGAAGGACAGAGGUGUCAAAACUGCACUCCAGAAGCGCUGUCGGGUGAGGACGUGCCCUGCGCAUCACUUCAGAGACUUUGCCAUCUCUUUGGCCCUUUUCUUCUAAGAUGCCAAGACUUCCAUCAGCGGCAGCAGCAGCAGCAUCACCACCGCGCAGAGCCUACAUCCAAGCGGGCUGCUCGUUUGGAAGGACGCCCGACCGCAGCCCAUCUCAUCUGCAAGUUCAGUCCGAUCAAUUGUGACAAAGACUGUCAGCGUCGGAAUAAGAAAUCGAUACCCGAGACGUUCUUCUGGAAUUUUAACCAUCCGUUUCGCUCAAGUGAAGAGCGAGCGAGAGCGCGCGCGCCUGUGCGUGGUGCGCUCGAGCUCCUCGUCGCACUUUCAGAUGUUCGCGGUGUUGAUGGUGACAGAUUAUUGUUGUUGAGUGUCCAUGCGAGACUUGGGGUGGAAACAUGUCUGGCCACUUCUCUGAAAGGGUCGCUGCUAUCAGAGAUGGCAUUUUGGUCCAGCACUUCGGUUUUUACUUCUAAAGUGCCCCGGAAGAUCUUAUUCAUGUUCACCCUCUCCCUUUCUGUCACCUAUUUGUUUUAUAGCUUGAUGAGCUGUUACAACUCCUUCCAGUUCCAGGAGAACUACGUGUACCAGGGGAGACUCGUGACCGAGGAGACAACUUUUGUCACGCUGAGGGAGAAACUUUACUCCAGCUCUUCGCAGGGCUACCUGGACGAGGAGUUCGUGGAGAGGACGGCGACCGAGCAGAGCCUCGCCAUCUCGAGUGUGAGAAACAGCGCGGGGAUCGACGAAAGGACGCCGGCAUGGGCGCGAGCACAGGCGGCCACGACCAGCAGCCUAUCGCGCGCUGCCGCCGCCGCCGGAGAGCGCGAGCACCUGGAGUUCAGCACCACGGACAGCGAGCUCCGCAGAGUGGUGAACUGCACCUCGGAUUACGGGGAGAAAAAGCUGCCCCAAGCCAUUAUUAUCGGAGUGAAGAAAGGGGGGACGAGGGCUCUGCUGGAAGCGCUGCGGGUUCAUCCCGACGUGCGAGCCGUUGGGAAUGAGCCUCACUUCUUUGACAGGAACUACGAGAAGGGUCUGGAUUGGUACAGAGAGCUGAUGCCAUCCACUCUGGAGGGUCAGAUCACGAUGGAGAAAACUCCCAGCUACUUCGUGACCAACAGCGCGCCAAAACGAAUCCACACCAUGGCCAGAGACAUCAAACUAAUCAUUGUGGUGCGCAAUCCAGUCACAAGAGCCAUUUCAGACUACACACAAACUCUCUCCAAGAGGCCCGAGAUCCCUACGUUUGAGGUGCUGGCGUUCAAGAACCGAACGCUUGGACUGAUCGACGCUUCGUGGAGCGCACUCAGAAUAGGGAUCUAUGCUCUUCACCUGGAAAGCUGGAUGCAGUAUUUCCCACUCUCGCAGAUGCACUUUGUCAGCGGAGAGCGGCUUAUUGUUGAUCCGGCAGGAGAGAUGGCAAAAGUGCAGGAUUUUCUGGGACUCAAGCGAAUUGUUACAGACAAACACUUUUAUUUUAAUAAAACUAAGGGAUUCCCUUGCUUAAAGAAGCCCGAGGACAGCAGUACCCCACGGUGCCUUGGCAAGUCCAAGGGCAGAACUCACCCCAAAAUUGACCCUGACGUCAUCCGCAGACUGCACAAAUUCUAUAAGCCCUUUAACAUGAUGUUCUACCAAAUGACAGGGCAAAACUUUCAAUGGGAACUAGAGGAGGAUGGGAACUCGCCUGGUUCUAGGGACUAA